AUGUCGAACCUUGCUGAAACUGCUCGUGAGGCUGUCACUAGCGCAACACAGUCCUUCACGCCCCUCAAGUCGGUGUGUGUGUGGCUCAAUGGCUUCCACAUUUACGCCGAUGAUUUGCACCGCAAUGUCGAAGCCAAUCACUACUGCUCGCAGAUCAAGCCUGACUUGAAGCAGUGCUUGCUUUACGACUCUUCAGACAAGGAUGCACGCUUGAUUGGUGUGGAAUACAUGAUUCCUAUCGAGCGAUUUGAAACGUUGCCGCCUGAUGAAAAGAAACUCUGGCAUACACACUUCUGUGAAGUCAAGUGUGGUAUCUUGACAAUGCCCAAACCAACUGGCGUACCGUCUGCGGUGUGGGAAGCAAGCGAGACGGCAGAGAUGAAGGAGCUCGUCAAGUGGGUUGGCAAGACGUAUCAUUUCUGGCAGGUGGAUCGAGGCGAUGCAUUGCCCCUAGGUGAACCAAAAUUGAUGAUGUCCAUCAACAGCGAGGAGCAAUUGGACUUGCAAAAGAUCAAGCUGCGUGAUGACAGGGAGGCAGUGGACAGGCAGCACAAGUGUGCCGUUCGAAAGGAUAUUCAGCUACCUGAGGCUCCAAUUGGCGCUGAUGCCUUCAAUAAUGUCAAGUUUUGCGUCUAG